CGUGAGUGGGCAAGCGCACCCCUCCCCUGCCGGCAGCCCGGGUGCCGGCCGUCGCUCGGCCCCUGCCUAGCUGAUUCGUGGAGAAGACGAUCAUGGCAACCACAGCGCCACCGGCAGACGCUGAUCCCCCCGAGUGCCCGGUGUGCCUCUCCCCAUUCGACGCCGCCUCCGCCGUGCCGCGCGUCCUCCCGUGCGGCCACUCUCUCUGCGGGCCCUGCAUCGUCGCCCUCCCGCCCGCCUCCACCGCCGCCACCGCCGGCUCCUCCCUCCGCUGUCCUCUCUGCUCCCAGUGCGUCCCCUUCUCCCGCGCGCUCGGACCCUCCUCCCUCCCGAAAAACCUCGCCCUCAUCGCGCUUCUCCCCUCCUCAUCCCCCUCCCCGUCCCACACUCCCACCGCCACCGCACCGCCUCCCCUCCCUCUCCCGCUCCACGCCGCCCACUCCCGCCUCCUUUCCCGUUUCCGCCAUGCCGUCCUCCCCCAGUCCACCUCCCCGCUCCGCUCCGCGCCCACCCCCGCCCGCCUCGCGUUCGGAUCCCUCGACACCGACCUCGGGGAGCCCUGGUUCUGCGCGGGGGGCCGCCCCGUCAGCCUCCUUCCGAUCGAGACCCACCCCGGCGAAGGACGCCCUUCGGCGGAGCAGGAAGCCGUAUUCUACCGGCCCAGCCACGCGGCGCGGGUCCUCGCCGCGAUCGGCGCGCUCAGCGACGCGGCGCGGGAGGAGCUCGCCGGUCUGAUCGCCUCUUCCGCGCGGUUGGCACGGCAGGUGUGCAGGAUCUACGGGGUCUGGAUGGACUCCGACGCUCCGCCAUUGUGGAUGGUAUCUGAACGGCACACGCGUAGUGUUUCCCGGUUGUUGGAAGAGGAGACGAUCAUUGGAGAGGAGAUGGUGGCUCAGAUUGGAUUUGUUGUAAUGGAGGCCUGUGAAGUGAUAAUGAGGUUGCAUUGUGAGGGGCUGGUGCUGGGAUGCCUUGGGCUCGAUUGCUUCUGCCUCGACCGCUUUGGGCACUGCCUGCUUGAUUUCAAUCAGGUGUUGGCCUUGUGCCGGGGAGUCCGAGCUGGGACACACAAUAUUGGGGCUUUUGUUGCUCCUGAGGUAGUGGCGGUGCUAGGUGACACAUUGCGAAGGAUGGAUCAUGAUUUUGAUGGCUUGGUUGGGUGUAGUUCGGAUAUCUGGUCAUUGGGUUGUGUAUUGGUGUCAUUUCUUACUAGGGAUGAGCAGCUUGUGGCAGGAUGGAACUCUGAAGGGUCAUAUGAUGAUUGGGAGAAGGAAGUGGUCACAAGGCUUAAUGCCUCAUUGCUUGGUACGCAACUUGAACCAUUGGCUGCAAUUAUAGUGUCGUGCUUGAGCUAUGAUCCAAAAGGCCGUCCAGAGAUUGCUGAUGUCUGGAAACGUAUUAGAGGCUUGUUGAUGAAAUCCAGCGAUGUUGCUUUAGCUCCUGAUGAUGACUCUGCAGCUCAGAAGAGUUUUAGAUGUUUACUCUUUGGGGAGCUAUCCUUGAUGUUCAAAUCAGAUUGUAAGGCACAACUGUAUCAAGGAGCAGAGGAGAACAUUUCAAAUCAGGAUGAUGGAAGUAAUGGUGGUUGCAUUGACAAUAGGGUAAUUGAUGGUCCACAGUCUGCCGGAAUGUUUAAAUCAGCAACGCUGGUUGCCCACUGUGAUUGUGUAACAGGAUUAGCCAUUGGAGGUGGAUUCUUGUUUAGCUCUUCUUAUGAUAAAACUAUCAAUGUGUGGUCACUGCAGGACUUCUCUCAUGUACAGUGCUUGAAGGGUCAUGAACACAAAGUCACCGCAAUUGUUGUUGUUGACAAUGAUAAUCAUUCUCUUUGUAUAAGUGGAGACAGCGGUAGUGGAAUUUUUGUCUGGCGUGUAGAUUCCACUCUCAAUGAAGAACCUUUAAAUAAAUGGUAUGAACAUAAUGAUUGGCUCUAUCGAGGAGUUAACUGCUUGGCUGUCUCUGGAACUGGUUACCUUUACACUGGUGGCAGAGACAAAUCUGUCAAGGCCUGGUCACUGGAGGAUUAUUCACUUCGCUGCACUAUGACAGGUCAUAAAUCAACCGUAUCUUGCCUUGCAGUGGCCAGUGGUAUUCUUUACAGUGGAAGUUGGGAUGGUACCAUUAGGUCAUGGUGGCUCACUGAUCAUACACCAUUGUCUGUACUGGAAGAUGAUACAGCAGGAAGCAUGGCUCCUGUGUUGUCAAUUUCAACAGAAGCCAAUUUUGUCGCUUCAUCGUACGAGAACGGCUACUUUAAGAUUUGGAAGAAUGAUGUCCUUGUCAAAUCAGAAAAGCUUCAAAAUGGUGCUGUUUAUGCAGUUAAAUUAAGUGGCAAAUGGUUCUAUACUGGUGGAUGGGAUAAAGUCAUAAAUAUUCAGGAAUUAUUGGAAAAUGAAUCAGAGGUAGAACUCCGCGACGUCGCUUCCAUUACUUGUGACUCAAUUAUAACUUCAAUACUGUCCUGGAAUGAAAGGCUGAUAGUCGGACUAUCCAACAGGGAUAUCAAGGUUUACUACAAGGCGUCAUAAUUCCUUAUGCCACCGGUUCACCCUAUGUAUAUACUGUGAAUGGCUUAAUGUACAAUAAAUGUGAGAUAAUGGAUUGAUGGAAACAGAAAAAACCCUCCUUUUGAUGGUACAGAAGUGUGUCAGUUGGAAAGAAACAGCAGCAGUUAAGAUAGGUUGUUGUAAGGAGGAGUAGAUAUAGGUUGCACAUUUUACUUCAAAUCUUAUGGAGUAGAAUAAACAUUAAAAGUACAAUGUCUGGUUUGUGGCUACCAUAUCAUACAGACUGUAAAGUAGAAUUAGCAGUGCUGCUUUAUGAGAAGCCACCAGCUAGAAGAAUGCUGUUGAAUGUCAAUAAUAAUACUAUAUGCCUGUUAUUGUCAAAGCUAAUGUGAUUCUAAUUGUUAAAGUUCAA